AAGAAUGAAUAGAGCAGCAGCAGGGAAGGCAGUCUGACCUGCAGCUCCAGGAUCCAUGGUCAAAGGGAAGAGACUGGUAGAGAGAGAGUCUCAGAGACAGAUAGGGAUGUACAGUAAAGGCACAAUCAUCUAAUGGAAAUAGGAACUCGACAGCAGCACAGGCAACAUGAGCAGGGACAGUGGAACUAGAUGAGCAGGUGGCUUCUGGGUCUUAGUGCCUGCACGGAGCCUGUGUGAAAUUGCAGGAUGCAUUCCCUUUGGAUUUGACAGAGCUGCGUGCUGCUGGUUGAAUCUGGGGCGGAUCUGGGUGUACAGUAAGAUACAAGCUUCCUUGUAUCAGCUCUCCAGCACUGUCAACAUAAUUGAGAGCGCUGAUAUUGAGCACUUGGUACUUUAAGUAGUAUUUUUUCCAAGUUAAUUUAUUUCAUAGUUCUUGCCUCUAAUGUGAUCAUUGAGUUAAAUAUAUUUUUCAUAUGUGAAUGAAUGAGCAUUUAUAUUGAUCUUAAAAUCAUUAUUUAAGAAUUGCAUGCAGUGGAAACUGAAGCUGAAGGUUUUUCACUACAGCACCAAUUGAAGCAAGGAUUUAUCUGUAUAUUCACCAGGUAUUUUCUCUCGGUUUUAUAACAGUGCAUUGCAAUUGAUAGAAUCGGUAUGAGUUCACUCGAGGUGCAGUUCAUUUUGCCCAAUCUGUAAAAGGUUGAAAUAAAGUGAAAAAAGAGAAACUGACAAAUUGUAAUUGUGCCUGGCCUUUGAUGAGAACACUGAUGAUGCAAUUGACCCAAUAAGUUAUGUAAUAAUGAGCACUGUGUAGCUAAGUUGUGCAGCCGGAAUCUUCACAAGUGAGUUUAGUGAUCUCAUUUCAGCUUAUAGUGGACAUGACAAAGCCUUCAUGAUUCUUAUCUCUCAAGCACUGUCCCUCUUCACCCUAAGAAUUUCUAAAACACUGCAUUCUCAGCUCUUCAGCACUGUCUUAACUUCUUCAAGGAUGGGAGUGCUACAGAAAUGCUCAGGAGACCCGAACGUCUAGUGAGCAUCCUCCGAUUCCACAACUGAGCCCGCAUCCUCUUUUACAUCCAGGAACUCGAGAGCAUAUGUCAGCAAGCUACAGAUCUCUGGAGGACAAAGGCCUGCUCUGCAGGUGUCCGCUUUGAGCUCACUUGGCGUCUGGCCAGAAGGGUUGGCUGUAGCGUGAUGAGGAGAAACAGUAACUGCUGGUUUUGCUUUCCUAACCCAUGGGAGCGCCAGAGCCAAAGCGAUGCUCCCUUCUGAAUCCCCAGCAAAGACAAUCCACUUGGCACAGCCAUGGCGCAACCCUGCGUUGUAUGACUCGCCCUGCACACCAUGCAGCUGUGCUUUUACCAGGUCUGUGGAAGUUAAUCUCAUCUUUCUGCUGCAAGACAGGAGAGGGGGUAAAAAGUGACGCUUCUAUUGUAAAACAUCACGUUGUGACACCACAUCUGUAUGAGGAGUCACCACACCCGCAAUGCUUAAAAGCCCAAUUAAGUGUAUCAGCUCCAGCACUGAAUCAGCUUUGCUCUCCUCUGCUGCCAUCAGAACCCGCCUCUGACACAGUCCUGUCACAGAGUACGUCUGCAAUACUAACCCUGCCAUCACUGACUCAGCAGCCAGAACCCAACAAGAAAGAGAACAAGGCAAUACCAGAAGAAGUUAAAACCCCUGGUUAUCAAAACCAACAGAAAAGAGUACCCCAUACAUGUAACAGCACACUGCCCCCCAGAGGAAAGAGCACUGAAAAGAGAAAGGUAGCAGCCAAAAUCUGCAGUGAAGAGACGAAGGAUGCUGGGGCAGACGCAAAGAGAGGACGGAAGAAGGAAUUGACAGAGCAACAGGUCCAAGCUUUCCGUGAAGCAUUUGGCCUCUUCAAUAAGAACAGGGAGGAUUGUAUUGAUGUUCAUGGCCUGCGGUCCAGUCUGAGUGAUGUGGGCAUAUCUGUGGGUAAAGAGAAACUGGACAGGGCAAUGCAGAGUGCUGAUAUAGACGGUGAUGGGAAGGUGAAUUUUGAAGACUUUUUGACAGUGCUAACAGACAGCAGAAGAUUGUCCCAGUUCCUGCAUGUUCCAGCCCCCACUACCAGCACACGCUCUAAAUCAAAAGAAGACAGUGAGACUGUAUUCUUCAGUGCAGUAACAACAAUGAUGGGCCUGGGAGCACUUCCUUUCCACUCCAUGAGGGAGAUUGUGUGGUGA